AAAAAACUGACGUCUUUGCGUAAACGUCACAAUGCAAAUUAGCGCGACGCCGUAACGACUACAUUAGCGGGAAACAGAUCUGCACCUUUUUUUUUAACAAAAUAAUUCACAUUUGUUUUAAAAAUGGUGUAAAAUGAUCAAAGAAUGAGCGGCGGGAAAGAGUCUGUGAUUGUUAUGAGCGAUGAGGAAGUUGAGCUCAAAAAACGCGGCUACUCCCUAGGAACAUCACUUGGUGAAGGAUCUUAUGCGAAAGUCAAGAGUGCAUUCAGCGAAAAACUUCAAAAACGGGUUGCACUGAAAAUAAUAAAUCGAAAGAAGGUUCCGAAAGAUUUUCGAGAAAAGUUUUUACCAAGAGAACUGCAAAUUAUCGGACGAGUUGACCAUCAGAAUGUAAUAAAGAUGUACGAAUUAAUGGAAUUCCACAACAAGGUAUAUAUUGCAAUGGAGCAUGCUGGUCACGGGGAUCUGUUAGAAUUUAUCAAACUGCGAGGAGCAAUUCCAGAGGAAAAGGCCAAAGUUAUGUUUAGUCAGUUGGCUCAUGCAAUAAACUAUCUUCAUAACCGUUUUAUUGUCCACAGAGAUCUUAAGUGUGAGAAUGUGUUGCUAGACAGCACUAACAGUAUCAAAGUCACUGAUUUCGGGUUUGCUAGGACGUUCCAGGCUGGAGACAUCAGCAAGACCUUCUGUGGAAGUGCUGCCUAUGCCGCACCGGAAGUCCUUCGAGGUCAACCUUAUCACCUGCCACUUCACGAUGUCUGGGCAAUGGGCGUGAUCCUGUAUAUCAUGGCAUGCGGAUCAAUGCCUUAUGACGACUCAAACAUCAAGAAAAUGGUGAAAGACCAGACAGAAAAACGAGUUUCCUUCUCGAAAUCUAAACCUGUGUCAGAAAUUUGUAAAACUCUUGUUCAUAGAAUCCUCGAGCCGAACAGCAAGAAGCGGACAACCAUUCCGCAAAUGUUUGAGCAUCCUUGGCUUUCAGGGUUGUCCAAGUCAUAAUCGGAACCGGAAGCGACUAGGAUGGAGAAAUUGUCGGCUGCGCAAAAAAUAGAUUUAGGAGCGACACAUAAAACUUCCGCAAAAUAAACCUGAAUGUAACUUGAAUAUAUAAUAGUUAAUUUUUAUUUUAAGUGAAUUGUGUACAAUAAAAUGUGUUGCUAUUUAGAGA